UGAUAAAGUAGAGUAGAUACAUUUUUUGCUACUUAUUCAUUUAUUUGAUGAAGCACCCAUUUGCCCUUAUUUGACAUGUAAGUAUUCGAUUUCAAGAUCAGAUAACUUUUUCUCUCUCUCUCUUUUUUAUGCUUUUAAAUAAACUCAAAGAAUAUUGGGCACUAAGAAGAGGCGAAAAAGUCUAUUUUGACCCCAAAAAACGCGUCAAAGUGAUACGCGCCAUACAGAAAUACACACCUAUCUUAAGUGUGGUGCUUUUCUUUAUAGGUAUUGUGUGGAUCUUGAUAUUGCCUUAUGAAGGAUACAGCAAAAGAACCUAUAUAUCAGAAAACGCUUUACUACCUGGACAAACCAAUCUUGAUUAUGGUUUCAACGAUGUGCAUACAGCAGAAUACUAUCGACAAUUACUUUUGGAUAUUCAAGAAAAAGACAGUCAAACACGAGCUCAAUUUGUUCAUAAUGAAUUCAGAAAGACUGGAUUUACUUCUGUUAUGCAACCAUUUGUGAUUGAAGGAAAAGAAAACAAAAAGGGAGUCAAUGCAUUUGCUAUCAAUAGAGCACCACGAAGUGACGGAAAAGAAGCAUUGAUCUUGAGUGCAUCAUGGAAAUCAAGAACGGGAGAAUACAACACCAAUGGUAUUGCUGCCCUUUUAUCGCUUGCGAAACUGUUUAAAAGAAAUGUCUAUUGGGCAAAAGAUGUGAUUUUGCUAGUGACAGAUCAUGGCAAGUUUGGAACACAAGCAUGGCUGGAUGCUUAUCAUGGUACACUGGAGCAUGAUGUAGUGAUGCCUAGAUCAGGUGCCAUUCAAGGUGUAGUUCAUUUAGACUUUCCAGGCACACAAGACUAUGAAAGCCUAGGCGUCUUUUUUGAGGGUGUCAAUGGUCAAUUACCCAAUUUAGACUUGAUCAAUACCAUUGUUGCAGUUGCUUCAACAGCGCAUCCGCCAAUUGAUAUUACCUUGCAUAACAAUAACAAAAACCCCUAUCAAGGUUCUCCUUAUAGUCAGUAUUUAGACUCCUUGAAUCAUAUGCUUCAGAGCAUGAAGUAUUUAGUCUUAGGACACCCUUCAAGUGAAGCUGGUCUCUAUCUUCGUUAUACCAUUGAUGCUGUCACUAUUCAUGGUAUUGUUGGACAUGAAAACUUACAUCAAUUAUUUGGAUUUGGACGUAUUGGCAGAUUGGUUGAAUCUACAUUCCGUAGUCUAAAUAACCUAUUGGAGCAUUUUCAUCAAUCCUUCUUUUUCUACCUGUUACCACAGCCAAAUCGUUAUGUGUCCAUCAGUCAAUAUAUGCCUCCUAUUAUUCUUUUUGCUUGUGCCCUUAUAUUUCAAUCACUCUCGCUGUAUUAUGUCGGCACAAAAGAGCCUGUUAUGCCAGCAGACAAACAAGCACUACCUGCUUAUUCUAUUGAAAAGCGUCAUACUCUCUUUGGUUUCCGUAUUUUGAUCUUGACGCAUGUUGCUGGUCUUGUUAUCUUUAACAUGAUACAGCCUCAUUUCGGAUGGAAAUAUCUCGAUCGUUUUGAACAACAGGAGAUGAUAUUAAUUCAAUACGGAGCAUCUGAAUUGAUUGCAUUGGCAACUGUUGUCAUGGCUGUUGCAUGGAUCAGUACAUCAUCAUUGGCUGAACACGACGGAACGAUCCUUAAAUCUUUCUGUCUUGCUGAAAGUGCAUUAGUGAUUGCCACCGUCUCUCUCCUGAAUUUCAGUUUGGGAGUCAUGACGGCUGUCUUGAUCUUGAUACCUUAUAGUUUUGUCCAGCCCACGUCAAACAAGCUUUUUCAAGUGGCUCAGACUAUCUUGUUGGCCUUGCUCUCUCCUGCUGGUCUUGCUGGUCUAUUUGUCUAUAUCACUGACAUGUAUUUGGUUGAUGUCUUACAGAUCUUAUUGUCUGAUUAUCAAGUGGUUCGAUCAUGGCUUUUGACUUUUGUUUGCACUGUCUAUUGGCCUAUCAAUAUGGCCAUGAUGAUUUUAGUAUUCACCAAUGCUACAUCUUGAUAUAAACUAUAUACAUGGUUUUUAUUAUUAUUAAACAAGGA